AUGGCCUCCGGUCUUUCCCUUAGCUUCUUCAUCUUUUUUCUAGCCAUUCUCUGUUCAGUUAAUAUUCAAAUCGUACAAGGCCAAGAGAAUCAUGUUCUGGUUUUGGAUAAAUCGAACUUCACCGAAACAUUGAGUAAACACAGCUUCAUAGUUGUCAAAUUCUAUGCUCCAUGGUGCGGAGCCUGUGUAAGAAUUGCUCCCGAGUAUGAGAAGGCUGCUUCCAUAUUGAGUACUCACGAUCCUGAAAUAGUUCUUGCUAAAAUUGAUGUAACUGAUGGAAUAAACAAAGAGCUCGGGGAGCAAUUUAAGAUUCAAGGUGUUCCGUCUAUUAAGAUAUUCAGGGGCGGUGAAGAUGAGAUUCAGGAGUAUAAUGGUCCACGUAAAGCUGAUGGUAUAGCAAAAUACUUGAUUAAACAGCUUGGACCUGCUUCGGUUGAAGUGAAAUCUGUAGAAGAUGCAGACAAUCUUGUUGAUUCGAAAGGGAUGUCUAUUGUUGGGAUAUUUCCUAAAUUUUCUGGAGAGGAGUUUGAUAACUUUCUAGCUUUAGCUGUAAAGUUGAGAUCUGAUUACAGUUUCGGUCAUACUUUGGAUGCAAAGUUCAUUUCUGAAGGCGACAAGUCAAUUACUGGACCAACAUUGAGGUUAUUGAAGCCAUUUGAUGAACGAUAUGUCGAUUCUCAGGAUUUUCAAGUGGAUGCCAUGGUGAAGUUUAUUGAAGAAGUAACCAUACCUCAUGUGACAGUCUAUAAUACUGAACCGAUGAAUCAAGCAAUGAUUUCCAAGUUUUGGCAAAAUCAAAACACAAAGGUACAUUGA